AUGGGUGGUGGACCUCAGUAUUUUCUAAAGUCUGGCUACAGCCCUGGAAGCACCUACACAAAAGGAGUCACCUGUACCGACCCCACCUGGGCUGAGUUUCCGCAGAUUGUCGAAACAACAGAAGAGGCCGAGCCCAGAACCAGAGACAUCGAGCCUGGGCCUGGACCAGUACCUGUACAGGACUACGGUCACAACCAAAACCUUUUAGAACCAGCAGCAAGAUCAGAUCUAGCUCUAUCUCCGUCUGCAGGUCCAAUAUCGAUCCGUGUAGAGGUUUUGUCCGUAAGAUUGACGGAUAUGGACAUGUCUUGGAGAGACGAUUCUACCAUAGAUGUUCAGCUCCUGAAAGGAAGUCCGAUGGAAGUAAGCAGGGGAACGGACAUAAAACAACUUGAAGAAGGAGCAGAGCUGAAAAAGUCUGCCAUGAUGGAGCCAUGUACCCUGCAGUGGCCUGAGGACAGAAAGACAGGGGGACUGACAGAUGGACACGCAAGUAGACAGAUCAGUAAAGAAGAACGGGUAAGUGUCAGGUCAGAUUUGUCUCUCUGUGAGGCGUCCAGCUGGACAAAAAGGAAGCAAGAGCUGAAGGCAGAACAGGACAGGAGAAUAGGAGGGGCAGAAGAAGGGGCGGGGCUUACAGGUGAAGAGAUGAAACACCUGAAAAUGGAGGCGGAGGAGGAAGCUGGGGAGAACCACCUUCCAGAGAAAGCAGCUCAGGUGUUCAGUCCUGCUGUGACUGUCCUUCCCUCCCUCCACUCACCCAGAAACACUGAGGCAUUCUGGGAAAUGGACUCGAGAAGGAGUCCCUUCUUGGGUCCUCAAGAAGUGAACUACAACCAACAUGGCUACCAGUGUGAGUUUACUGAGGAAAAGCCCCCUUCCACUUGUAAUCGGGGAUGUUCUGACAGAGAUGCACUGAAGUUGGGCGUGUCCUUGAUGACAUCAGCGCUCCUCUUUCCUUUCUUGGUGUGGGGGGGUUAUAUCUUCCUGCCAUUUGAUGCCCCCCUCUUGGAAGGCGCCCCCCUGAGGCUAGUCUACACUAUGCGCUGCUCAGUGUUUGCUGCUGCACCUAUCCUCCUCGGUUGGUUGGUUCUAGGGGUCAGCCGACUACGCUCAGGUGCAACUCAGCCAGUCAUUGUGGAUGAAUUUAGGGAAGUGGAGCCUCAGGAAGUCACUGUCCACCGACGCUUCAUCUCUGACUCUGCCUCCCUUUUCCUGAUUUACUUCCUGCAGCUGGUUGUCUUGGCGAUGUAUCUGAGCCAAGAGCAGCUGAAGCUCAUUCCUCUGCUAACCAUCAUCUUCGCCUUUGGUCGGUUGGCGUACUGGGUGGCGGCUGCAUUCGGCAGCAGCAUUCGUGGUUUUGGUUUCGGCCUGUCCUUCCUGCCAAGCGUCACCAUGAUGGUGGCGAACCUCUACUUCAUCUUCACAGUGGAGGCCGCAGGGUCCAUCUUCAGUGUUCCACCUCCACCUGAUGAAGAUUUGGCUCCGCCCACUGGCAGACAGAGGUUCUGGGGUUAAAACCUGAUCAGGAACCAAUGACUGUUCAUAAUAACUGAAAUGGAUCAGUUUUUAUGAUGUUGAUAUAAAAAUUAACAUCUGUAGUUUGAGGAGAAAUAGGAAGCUCCACCCACCUCUGAUGUUUCUUUAAUUUUCUUGUUAAAGUUUAGUUUUCCAGAGCUUUUAUUUUGUAUGAAGCAGACAGCUUCCUGCUCAUCGUUAAACAUUUUAUUUAGUAAAAUACAAAUUUAAUCCAUUUUAUCAGCAAAUUCUGCUCACAAUAAAGCAUAAAACCCAGUUUA